GCCAUCUUGGUAGAGUCCGGCGGCGUGACGUUUCUCCGGGUAUAGUACGUACGGCGUUUGCGGCAAGUAGGAGGGAGGAAAAACAGCGGACCACCGAGAUUUGCAGGCGAAAAUGCGGAGUAUUACCGUGUAAUCUGCUUCCACCUAAUGGCCGACACUAAGGAAGGAACAAAGCUUCAAGAACCACAAUGCCUGCCUAAUGAUUACUCAUCUUAAGCUGAAUACAUUGUGAUUUCCAGUAAUAGAGACAGUAUUUCUGAAGGCUGUCUACAUUAAUGAAAAGAGCAAUGUAGUCAGCUUAACUGAAUCAUCUGAGUUCCCAGUUGAAAAAUGAUUUAUACGAGCUGGACAUUCUCCUUUUUAAAGCUAAAAUUAGUAAUUUAAGUGCAUACUUUGUUUAGUCUUUAGAUUUAGUAUUAAGCAUGGAGCAAUGUGAGGAUAUCCCCCCUCCCCCUGAUGAACCUGAAUGCAAGGAAAUGGAGUUCACACCUGCUUGUCCCCCACCACUGCCGCCAAAUGAAGAGCCUCCACCACCUCCCCUGCAAACGUCCAGUGACGCAGAGGUAAUGGACGUUGGCUCUGGUGGUGAUGGACAGUCACAAACCCCAGCUGAGGACCUGCAGCUAAACGACGGAGAACAGCUACUUACUAAAGGGUCAUCUACAUACAAGAGUCAUCCUACAGUACUAGAUCCAUUGCAAAGUGACCAAAGCCCCAGAACUGCUCGCCAUGCCCCACCAGUUAAGAGGUUUACCCCUGAUCUUAAGUUACUUAAAGAUGUUAAAAUUAGUGUAAGCUUUACAGAGAGUUGUAAAAGCAAAGAUAGAAAGGUGCUUUACACUGGAACAGGUUCAGAGAGUCCAACAGACUUAGUUAGCAAUAAAACUGUCAAUGGAGACUUGCAUGUUUGUCCUUUUGCCGAUAGUAGCAAUGGUGAAAUUUUGGGUAAUGAUGAAAUUGCAAGUAACAGAAAUGAAGAUCCAGAAACCGAUCAGGAGAAUAAAGUGGAAUACGCUGUUCUGGAUGAUCUUGAGGAUUUUACAGAAAAUGUGAUGGAUGUGGAUGAGGAUGGAAUUGAAUUUGUAUCAGAAACUGUCCUACAGAGUGAUAAGAACGAAGAUGAAUCGCUUAUUUACAACUAUGAGGAUGAUUUUGAUAAUGAUGUGGAUGCACUGUUGGAAGAGAGUCUUCAUACUCCAAAAAAGAGAAGGCUAGACGAGAAAUUCGAUGAAGACAGUGACCACCAUUCUGACGGGGAUUACGAUGUUCAACCAAUGAUAACCAGGAUAAAAACUGUUCUGAAAAGUCGAGGACGUCCUCCAACUGAACCCUUGCCUGAAGGAUGGAUAAUGACAUUCCAUAAUUCCGGCAUUCCUGUCUACCUGCACAGAGAAACACGAGUGGUGACCUGGUCCAGACCUUACUUCCUGGGAACUGGAAGCAUCAGAAGACACGAUCCUCCCGUAAGCAGUAUUCCUUGCUUGCACUACAAGAAAAUGAAGGAUAAUGAAGAGAAGGAGAAGAAUGAACUAAUACCAAUCCCUGCCCCCUCAGAGUCUGUUGGUGAAAAGUCAUUAGAGUGCAAUUCUGAGGAAGCUGAUCCAGCUGCUGCAGACAGCAUUGUUCCAGAUGGCCCAGAACGCCCAAGCAAAUUUGCACAAGGAGCCCUUGGGCAAGUCAGGGCCAAAGUGGAAGUUUGUAAAGAUGAAUCCAUUGACCUUGAAGAUUUCCGAGGCUACUUGGAGAAAAGAUUUGACUUUGAACAGGUUACUGUUAAGAAAUUCAGGACAUGGGCAGAAAGAAGGCAGUUUAAUCGAGACGUAAAGCGCAAGUUAGCAGAAUCUGAAAGACCAAUUUUACCUGCCAAUCAGAAACUUAUAACUUUGGCUGUUAACGAUGCACCAACAAAGAAAGAAUUUGUUAUCAAUCCGAAUGGGAAGUCUGAAGUCUGCAUUCUCCAUGAAUAUAUGCAGAGAGUCCUUAAAGUUCGCCCUGUUUACAAUUUUUUUGAAUGUGAGAACCCAAGUGAGCCUUUUGGAGCAUCUGUAAUUAUAGAUGGUGUAACCUAUGGUAGUGGGACAGCAAGCAGCAAAAAACUGGCAAAGAAUAACGCUGCUCGGGCUACAUUAGAAAUCCUUAUUCCUGAUUUUAUAAAGCAGACCGCUGAUGACAAGCCUAAAGAUGGGGAUGAGCUGGAGUAUUUCAACCACAUCAGUAUUGAAGAUUCACGAGUGUAUGAGUUGACCAAUAAAGCUGGACUUUUGUCACCACAUCAGAUUCUACUUGAGUGCCUUAAAAGAAACCAUGGGAUGGGUGAUACAUCCAUAAAGUUUGAAGUGAUUCCUGGCAAGAACCAGAAGAGUGAAUACGUUAUGACUUGUGGAAAGCAUACUGUGAAAGGCUGGUGCAAAAAUAAGAGGGUUGGAAAACAGUUGGCAUCCCAGAAAAUCCUGCAGCUCCUCCAUCCUCAUGUGAAAAACUGGGGAUCCCUAUUACGUAUGUAUGGGAGAGAGAACACCAAGAUGGUGAAACAGGAAAAUGCAGAUAAAAGUGUAAUCGAACUACAUCAGUAUGCGAAAAAGAAUAGGCCAAAUCUUCAUAUUCUGAAUAAGCUGCAGGAAGAGAUGAGCAAGCUGGCAGACGAGAGGGAGGAGACGAGGAAAAAGCCGAAGAUGACGAUUGUUGAAUCUGCACAGCCCGGCAAUGAACCCCUUUGCACAGUAGACGUUUGACUGCUGUACUGAUGGAGCAAUAAGAAACUUGGGAGGCUUGCUUUACCAAACUGUUCAAAGGAUGCUGAAGACGAUUGUGAUAUGCAAACAGGGCUGCUUCCUUAUGCAUAAUCAGUUUUCCUUCGUCUGCACAACACUGCAGAGAUAUUACCUCCCUUAUGAAAUUGUGUGCCAUUUCACCUUGUUUGAGUUCUGUCUUGUGGUCCAAUAGAGCAUUGAUGAGAUGUGCACAUCUAAUAGGCUUAUGCAUUAUGUUUAGGACAUCAAGCACUUUCCCCUUUCAAGGGACAAAUCUGGUAGCCAUGCAUUGGCCUUGUAAUAUGAAGCUUCUGUAAAUCAAUCAUUAAAACAUUUUGAAGGACUGCUUCAUGCUAAAGUAACCACUGCAAUAUUUUUCAUUGUGGUUACUGCACACACAAUGGACACCUAAUAAAUAUUUGAACCAUGACAUAAGUGUGACUGAAUUAAGUGAGACACAGAGCACAAAAUUCAGCACAUACUUGGCUAUCUGGUAUUAGUGCUUUGCACACAUCUCGGCUGCUUGUUCCAUCCUAAACAAAAUGUUGCUCUGUCGCAUCUACUGCACUGAAUGCUUUGUGCUGCAGAUGUGCCUUCUAUUUAUUGGCAAGUUCAUUGUAAUACACUGCUGUUUUAUUUUUCAUGCAAAGAAUACUUGCUCACUGGACGUUCUGAAAGCACAUUCCGUAUGCAAAUGGUAUGCCAUUGUCCUAUGCCCUUUAAUGGCUGCAUCAGUCUGCAAUGCAAAUACUACUCUGUCACUGUAAUGGGGCUGUGCAGUCACACUGCCUUGAAUUGUAGAAGUCACAUGAGCAGGAAGAUACAUUAAGGGUGCUCAAGCUGUCUGAUUAUGUUCACUUUUUAAGCACACAAAGGGGACAAGCUUUUUCAGAAUUACAAAGGUAACCCUAUCUGAAACUUUUGUUUAGUUCUGUUGAGCAUCAAUAUGUUUUUAGAAAGCAAUUCAUAUUCCUCAAUAACCGAGGCUUUAAGUAUUAGUUUUAAGACAGAUGUGCUUGUAUUUAAUGCAUUUUUCUACUUGUAUUCCUAGUUUAAUAUUGCAAGCUGCUUAUGUUGUCUUUGUUCAGUUCUAUUUAACAAAUUAUGUCUGACCAGAUUUGAAUGAUAGCCAGUAAGUGUUAGUGGAUUCCUGUCACUAUUACAAAUUCGAAUGUUGGUGAAUUUUUCGUGCAUUGUGCGCUUUCUUCACUGUGACUUUUUUUUUUUUUUUGCAGUGUAUGUGUUUAGUAAAGCCUUAUGUGAACCAAAGGCAAUAGAGGCUGGGCCAGGCCAUGCCCACUCUACUCUUUUGCUUCUUUGAAAAUGCAGGGUAACAAGAUACUACCAUUGUUUUAUUUUUCUGCAUUAUACAAUGGGGGAGAAUCUUCAAGAAGCUAUUAAAAUGUAAUUGUUUUUGUGCCUAUCCAGUAAAGAUUCAGUGAAUGUUAUGUAGCUGUCAGUUCUAUGUACAUGUAUUGUGGAAUGUAUGGGAAGUUUCACUACCCCAGAGUCGCUGCCAUUUCUUUUGACAAGCUAUGAAAAUAUUUUAUGUUCAGUAUAGUGGCAAGCAAUGCUUUGUGAUGGCAGUGAGGUCCUGGUGGUUUAUGAACCUCUUGAGGCUUGCCAGAUCUGCUCACCAUUUUUGUGGGUAAGGCUCUUGCAGUACCUUGAGAUUCGGAUCUCUGUGCUAUUUUUUCCCUAUGCCCAUAUGCUUAAAUAAAAAAAAUGUGAUGGGAGAUGGGAAUAUUAUGGAAGCUUUCACUUUUUUUUUUUUUUUUUAUGAAAACUGUUGUGUAUUUGGGCUAUUUUACACCUGUUUAGGCACAAAGCAUAUUAAAUAUCUCACGAUUCACACCUAUGGAAGGUGCAUUUUUGUGGAAACCAUACAAAAAAUGUGACCAGACCCCUACUGCAUACUUUGGCUACUUUUAAAAGCUCAACCAGCAAUAAAUUGAAACUAUUUCUGGGAGACUAUAAACCACUUAACUUGCCUCAGUCUGAUGCUCAAUACAGUGAGGAUUGUGGAUGUGAGAAGCAUUUGAUACCACACACUGAGUAAUAUCCAUGCUAUCUGUACUGCUGCCAUCCUCUUUUAUUAGUAAGAAGAGAAAGAAAGGUAUCUGCCUUUCACAGCUGACACACUGAAAUGGCGCACACAUGGUUGUUGGCAGCCUUCCUUAAACACAAACAAUUGAAAAUUCAAUGAAUGUGUCACAAGUAAUUCUCACCUUCAUCUAUGUUGGAUGUUAGACAUUUCACAACUUAGUAGAAAUUGUCAAAACGGUCCAUUUACUGGCACAGAGCUUGUCUUUUAGAUUUCAUUGACCUGUUCAGAUGAUCACACAGGACAACUCAUAAUCUUUUGCUCAAUUCCUUUAGUAAUCUCCCAUUUCUAGGGUAAUAUUGCAUUGCUGUUCGGUGUUGAACAGAUUUACUUUGCUGUAAUAGAACCACAAGAUAUAACUUACAACAUGAACAUGAUACAACAUGAAGUAGCUAGUAAUCACAACUGUGAAGGCUAUGACCAGCUUUGAUGCAAACCAGCAAUGAAAACCCUAUGCUAUAAUGGCCUUGUUUCACUUAAAUGUCACUUUUUUGGUUUUAAUAUUUGAACUAUUGAAACUAAAUUAUUUUUAUAUACAUAGAACUUUUUUGAAACUGUUAAUUAAAUUAAAAAUUAGGAACAUGUUAACUGAUAUUGGGGUGACAAUAAUUCAUUAAAUUACUUGGCCAGCAAUCUCUAGUAAUAGCCGCCUUACUUAACAGGAUUAAAUUCUGCACUUAGAUUCAUUGUGUGUAAAUAAUAUCCCUUAAGUUCUGUACUGAUCAGAUUACAUUUUAGUAUCUAUAAAACCAGCAUAACAUUUAAAGGAUACGUGUAAAGCCAGCCAUACUUGGAUUGGAACUUGGCCAUUUUCAGUAGAGACCAGCCGAAGUUCGAUCCAUGUUUGGGCACCCUGUCGGAACUUUUCUGAACAAUCGGUCCUGCCGGCUGUAGCUGGCAACACUGAUUGUUGUGUUCUGAUGUUGGGAAAGGCUCCCAGCUGUCAGAACACAGUAAAUGUCCCCUUUUUUUUUUUUUUUCAUUCAACCCUCUGGAUGAAUGGGAGAAAAAAAUGCAUAGUUUUUGAACAAAAUAUUGAUGGCUGCAAAUUGGUAAGUAAAUAAAGUAUUACCCUUUUCAAUUUAGAAAAAGCACUAGCCUCUACUGGCCUGCACAAACAAAUGCCUUUUUCUACCUAAUAGCUUACUGCCAGCAUAAAAUUUGCUGCAAGAUGUAAACACUGCUCUGGUGCCAUAUGGUCUUUUUCAAGACAGCAGUGCUUACUGCCCUUGAAGACCUUAAUGUCCACUAGAAUGCAGUUGCCACACGGACAGAGUGAUCUGUCCGGGUGUGUGUCCCUGAACACAAACUCACACAGAUGUCUGAUGGGGGGAGAAGCAGCUGUUUCUGUGCAGCCACUUCAUCCCAACUGACAUCAGUGGGACUGCCUGCAUGAAGCACAUGUGCAUACCCAUGGUGGGUCAACACUGCCCCCCACAAGUGUAUAGUACGCACUGUGAGAAUGAGGUGUAAAAAGCAAUAUAUAAUAGCCUCUCAAUGGGGCUCCUAACAGGUGUACAGGAGGUGCUACUGCCUUCUCAUGACACUAGUCUGUUUUUGAGGUUUUGUUCCCCAUCUUUUUAAAUUGCUGAAUAGAAAUUUUACAUUUGUGAGCAACCCCAAUGAUCUCAAUGGGAGAAAUUUGAUAAAAAUGCUGCAGUUGUGGCAUGUAAACAUCUGUCAGGCUAUAAUGUUAGCAUUCCGACAGGUGGUAAAACUGCGGGCUAACGUUGUGUGUUUUUUUUUUUUUUUUUUUUUCUUACUGUCCCAUGGGCCACAUGGUGCUACCUAGGGUUUCUUCCCCACCUUGGUUAACUAUUAUAUCAUUUGCAAGCUGGUUGACUUUGCAGUCUUCUAAAAAAAAAAA